CUGAGCUGAGCCGUCUUGUGAGAUGCCUGGCAUACUGUAGACACCUCCAGAAGGACACUGACUCCGUUCCACUCAGCCUCAGCCGGUCUCCCUCUUCCUGGUCUCUACCUCCACCCUGUAUGACCCUGACAAACCGUCUUCUGCCAUCAGGAUGAAGAACCAAAAGAAAAAGAGAGGGUUUAUUUUUCUCUUAGUCUUCUUGGUUACUCUUCCUCCCUCUUUGGGGCAAACGUCAGACUAUGCUCCCUAUUUCUACGACAACGGACCGAGCAGCACCAAUGGGAACAUGGCUCUCUUCAGGAUCUCAGAAGACACACCAGUCGGAACACAGGUAUAUAUCCUAAACGGUACCGACCCCGAGGGGGAUGCCGUGUGGUUUGGCCUGACCUUUGAGAAGGGUACCAGAGAAUACCUGAGAGUGGACUCCAAGUCAGGAAACAUAACUCUCAUUCAGGAACUAGACAGAGAGAAACAAGGUGAAAUCUCAGCUCUUGUUAGCAUAACAGAUGGCCGGAAUAAGGUUGUCGAGACGAUACGGGUGUUUGUCACCGAUGCCAACGAUGAAGAACCAGAGUUCCAGAACCUGCCUUUCGCCGUGGACGUCCCCGAGGACACUUCAGCUGGAAGCAGCAUUUACAGAGUGCAAGCGGUGGAUAAAGACAUGGGCUCUGGAGGCAGUGUCACCUAUUACUUACAGGGAACUCCUACUACCAAGUUCACCAUCGACGGCCACAGUGGGGUCCUGCGGAUCAAACCAGGCGAGACGCUCGACUUUGAGACUACGACAUUACACUUUGUGACGGUGGUUGCCAAGGAUGGGGGUGGACAGUACAAAGGGAAGCAUCAGGUGUUGACGUCUACAGCCACCAUAACCAUCAACGUCCUCGACGCCCAAGACACUCCUCCAGCCUUCAUUGGAACUCCUUACUUUGGCUACGUCUACGAAGUCUCACUUCCUGGUUCUGAAAUAGCCACUGUGUUUGCCAAAGAUGGAGACGAAGGAAACCCUAAUCCUAUUCAUUAUUCUAUUACCAAUGGUAGUGAGGAUGUCUUCACCAUCAAUAGCACAAGUGGUUGUAUCAGCCUAACAGCUUAUCCAGUCACACUGAGGAAUGAAUUAUAUGAAAUCAAAGUCAAGGCCACUGAGCUGGGGCCUAGCGAGGAGCUGUUGGACUUCAAUGCCAUGACUAUGGUGACGGUUCGAGUGGUGGAUCUCAACAACCACCCUCCUACCUUCUACGGAGAGAACGGGCCCCAGAACCAAUUUGAGGUGACCAUGUAUGAGCACCCUCCAGAGGGGGAGAUCCUCAGGGGGCUGAAGAUAACGGUCAACGACUCUGAUCAGGGGGCGAAUGCUAAAUUUAAACUGAGAUUGGUGGGGCCUGGUCGUGUACUCAGAGUGGUGCCUCAGACGGUCCUCAAUGAAGCACAGGUCACCGUCAUCGUUGAAGACUCUGCUGCCAUCGACUAUGAAAAAGGCAAAUCCUUAACAUACAAGUUACUGGCUGUGGAGAUUGACACCCCUGAGAGGUUCAGUGCGACAGCUGAUAUUGUGAUUCACCUUUUGGACACCAAUGACAACACUCCCAGGUUCACCUCAGAGUAUUACAUCGCACGUAUCCCGGAAAACUCACCCGGAGGCUCCAACGUUGUGUCUGUCACCGCCAAUGAUCCAGACUCUGGCAUUUGGGGUGAAGUCAAGUACUCCAUCUAUGGAUCUGGAUCUGAUUUGUUUCUCAUCCACCCGUCCUCAGGCAUCAUCUACACCCAGGCCUGGGCCACUCUUGAUGCUGAGGUCAAGUCCAAAUACAACUUCUACGUGAAGGCAGAGGACACAGAGGGCAAGUACAGCCUGGCAGAGGUGUUUGUCACUGUCCUUGACAUGAACGACCAUGUUCCAGAGUUUGAUGACAGCCUUGUGGAGAGGACCAUGAUCAUCGGUGCACCUGUUAGGGUAGAGGCAAUAGAUGCAGAUGCAGAGUCGCCCAAUAACGUCAUUGAGUAUUCCAUUAUGCAAGCUGAACCGGACAACAUCUUCGACAUCAACGCGGAGACGGGAGAGAUCAAGCUAAAGUCGUACAUCAAGUCCAUGGAGAUCGUGCAGAACAUCACCAAGCAGAAGGACUGCAGGUGGUCUCUGGUGGUCCAAGCCCGGGACAGAGGGUCUCCGUCCUUCAGCACUACCGCCGUAGUCAACAUCGACAUCACUGAGGCGACUCAACUCAAGGGGCCUAUGGCAGCCUUUUUAUUGCAAAGUAGGCACAACCCAAUGAAGGCCCUAGGCAUGGUCGCUGGUGUCAUUAGCAUAUUGGUAGGGGUCACUGUCUUGAUCUCCACGGCUAUGUUCUUGCGCAACACAAAGUCCAACAGGAUAAUGCCGGCGCGUCGCAUCAUCAUCAGACGGAGACCGUCAAGAGACCGCAAGCCGUGGACGUUUAACGUACCGUUCCAUGGCGGCGGUGGAAAUUACCCAUUGAACAAGUUUGUUGUAGGCGACCCGGAAGCAGGGAGUGUCAGCAUCAACAGCAACAAAAACGUCAGACCCCGGUGCCCCAGAUCAAAGCCCGAUCCUCUGCCCCCCAGAGCGCCCUGUCUGCCUCCUCCAUCCUGUCCCUCUCUGUCCUCUAACCCCAGGCCCAGUGAGAGGCCCCGGGCUGCAGUGCCAACCGUCUCUGGGGUUCUGGCUUCCAAGGGCUCCAGGAGAUCCAGCCAGAGCAGAGAGAGCAACGUCAGCUCUGAGAUGGCUAAAAUCCCCGUCAGCUCAGCCCUGGUCUCUGAACUCAAAAGGAGACUGGAGCAGAAAAUCAUUGAGAGCAACUCAAGCUAUUAUUGAAUCUGAUAGGUGUGAUGUGCUGGUCCUCUAACCAAUCCGUCAGUCAAUUGUCUGGACCGCUGAAUAUGCUCAGUCCUAGGAUUGUACAACUGCAAUUGUAAAAGAAGGUUGAGGACAGUAGGUAAAUUCCCUUCAAAACUUUAUUUGUUUUCAAAGCAAGUCCUCUGUCAAAACAAUGUUGCAACACUGUCCUAUUAUUGAACCUUAUUGAAUCUAACCAGCUCUACACGUUUUCUUCAAGAUGUUAACAUAACGUUGAAUACUUGGAUCCAUGGGCCCUGGUCCAGAAUAGUGCAGUUUAUAGGGAAUAGGGUGCCAUUUGAAACACACGCUCUGUCAUCCAGAAAUAACUGGAGGUGUUUCUGCACUGCCAUCUUGAGAUGUGUAAUGGGAUCCUUGUUAGAUACGUCUCUGCAUUGCUGCCAUCUUGAGAUGUGUAAUGGGAUCCUUGUUAGAUUACGUCUCUGCAUUGCUGCCAUCUUGAGAUGUGUAAUGGGGCCUUGUUAGAUACGUCUCUGCAUUGCUGCCAUCUUGAGAUGUGUAAUGGGAUCCUUGUUAGAUACGUCUCUGAAUUGCUGCCAUCUUGAGAUGUGUAAUGGGAUCCUUGUUAGAUACGUCUCUGCAUUGCUGCCAUCUUGAGAUGUUUAAUGGGAUCCUUGUUAGAUACGUCUCUGCAUUGCUGCCAUCUUGAGAUGUGUAAUGGGAUCCUUGUUAGAUACGUCUCUGCAUUGCUGCCAUCUUGAGAUGUGUAAUGGGAUCCUUGUUGGAUACGUCUCUGCAUUGCUGCCAUCUUGAGAUGUGUAAUGGGAUCCUUGUUAGAUUACGUCUCUGCAUUGCUGCCAUCUUGAGAUGUGUAAUGGGAUCCUUGUUAGAUACGUCUCUGCAUUGCUGCCAUCUUGAGAUGUGUAAUGGGAUCCUUGAUAGAUACGUCUCUGCAUUGCUGCCAUCCUGAGGGAAACAACAUGUUAACAAGAGUGACUAAGGGGGAAAUACUAGACCGUGUCUGAGGAAAAGAUUACUGCAUAUUUCUGUGUCAUAUUCCUGAAAAGUUUUGUUUUAUUUGCUUAAGACCCUGCAAUGUUUUCAAGAAUAGUGCUGAAAUAUGUGAUUAGGAUUGAUAUGUAGCCUAUGUUGCCAGAAUGCAAAAUGGAAUUCAAAUUACGGAAUUAAUUUGGCUAAAAGGACGCCUCAAAAUAGCCUCAAUCAGCCUUGCUACUGUAGCUAGCUAGCUCGUUUACAACGAUUUGAUGCAGUCAAGACGAGCACUACCAGAUGGCAUGAUAGAUAACAUAUGGCAGCAACAAGUUUGUGUAACUAGUGCCACACACCGGCCCCUACUCCUCUCUGCACUCACCUCUUCCACACCUUUUAACUGAUACAGACAAAGAGGCUUGAGCGAGCAAGUCUCCAUUAAAGUUUCCAAAACAACUGUUUUCUUUAAAACACGUGUAUUUCUACUACCAUGAUAUUAUUCUAAUAGUGAAAACAUUUCAAAUGCCCCGUCCCUAAAAAUGUACCCAGUUUUCCUUUUGGAUCAGAUCGAAGCAGCUAUAUGAGACAGCUAGAAAAUAAGAGAUAUACUUGACAGGAAAAAAAUGCCAUUGCUUAAAACAUGAAGUGCUCAUGGACCUGUGUAGUGACAUUCUAAUGGUGUUUUGUCAUAUUUAGAUAAAUAGAUGUUCGAGGAUUAUGACGUGCCACUGUUUGCUUUCAAGACAACAAAAGCUCUUGCUUGUUUGAAAUCAGUAACCCCCCCCCCCCACCCCCCCACACCGCACCCUCUGUUUUGCUUAAAUGCUUUUAUAUUUCUAAAGAGUCUUCUUCAUUUUGGGGAUUGGUGUUGGAUUACUCACUUAAAUGAAGGAAUCGCUUUGUUGUUUCAGUAAAUAUCAAACUGUUUGAACGGAGAUGUUGUAAAAUUGACCAUAAACUUGGUUGGAAUUUUGAAGCAUUAAUUUCCACGCUGUGCGAACUACAUGAAUAUUAAUGGGAUACAUAACGAUACAAUAUAUUCUAUAUGUGUGUAUGUAUGUAUAUAUUCUAUAAUAAUAAUGUAUGUUGUGUAACACUUGCCUGUUUCUUGAAGUGAAAUC